AUGGUAAAGCACGCCUACAAAGAGGUACCAAUUGCCUUUGUGGUUCUCUUUAACGGGUGUCUCCUUACUGGUUAUUUCCCUAGAUGUUGGAAAACAGCUAACAUCAUCUUCAUCCCUAAGACAAAUAAUCCGUCAUCGACCAAAGAUUACCGUCCCCUCAGCCUUCUACCAGUAAUGGGGAAGGUCUUGGAUGGCCUUCUUAUUGACCGAAUCAACUGGCACCUGGUUAAAAAUAAUCUAAUGCACGAAAAUCAGCACGGCUUCCGUCGGGGAUGCUCAACUAUCACCGCUAUCCAAAGGGUAGUCAACUUUGUUGAGGAUGCUUGGGAUCAGGACCAGCAUGCCCUUUUAAUUGCCAUUGAUUUUCAAAAAGCUUUUGACCAUCUCUGGUGGCCAAACAUUCUAGAGAGGCUAAGGACUAUAAAUAUCCCGACCAAAAUUUAUAAUCUAAUAAAUAGUUAUUUAUCAGAUAGAAAAGCUGGCUUUUUCUCAAAUGGUCUGGACCUGGUUAAACAGGUUAAUCGGGGAUGCCCCCAAGGCUCCAGAAGUGGACCAGGGCUAUGGAACCUGGUCUAUGACGACCUUCUUUACUCCACCCAUACCGGAGAGGAUGCACAAGUCCAAGGGUUUGCUGAUGAUACCCUAAUAAUGUUAAGACACCGGAAUUGUGCCACCCUCCAAAGAAAGGCUAAUGAUCUUCUAAAAACUGUAUACAACUGGAGUGAGCAACAUAAACUCCCCAUAAAUUUCUCCAAGUGUGAAGCACUUAUUUGCACCAGAAGGUCAUUGAGAAAACAACUUCAACGACCACUGAGUAUCUACAUCAAUGGACAGAGAAUAAAAAUUAAUUCACACUUAAAGUAUCUUGGGGUCAUUCUUGACCCUACCCUAAGCUGGGGCAAGCACAUUGAACAGAUCUGCCAAAAAGGGAAGCAGCAGGCUAACUGGCUGCACCAUAUUGCCAGAAACUCCUGGGGCAUUAGCCCAAAAAAUCGCACUCUGAUUUAUAAAGGUGCGGUGGAACCAGCUUUGCUGUAUGCAGCCCAGAUCUGGGGCAAGAGGGCCUCCAUCGUCUACAACAAACGUCGGCUUUUAUCAGUACAGAGGGGCUUUGCAUUGCGCAUCUGCAGGGCCUACCGGACUGCCCCUACGGACGCACUGUUAGUCCUGGCCAACCUGCUCCCCAUUCACCUCAAGAUUAAGUCCAUUGUUUGGAAAUGGAAUAUUCUAAACACUAAUAUGGAAAACCUCACGGACGAUAAGUUGCAGAACCAAAUUCGGCAAGGUGACUUCCCGCCGAACAGCCUUAGCCUCCUUAGUGACAUAAGACUACACGGCAUUGAUAAUUAUAUAACUGGCCUUGGGGCAAUGCACCACCCUGCUCUCACUAACCAAAUCAAGGUAGAAACCCUCGAAGAAGGCAAGGCUCAGUAUAGAUGGCAUGUGUAUACUGAUGGCGCCAGGAACAAUAAUGGGACCGGAGCCGCUCUGGUAGUGUACGACACCUUGAACAACAAAGUCUUCCAUGAGGAAUACUUCAGGUUACACAGUCAUUGCUCCAAUAAUCAGGCAGAGCUUCGGGCAAUGGUCAGGGCCCUUGCCUUGAUUACCAGGGGCAUAAAGCAUUACACUGGGGGUAUAAAAUUAAUAACAGAUAGCCGUUACGUAAUCCAGACUAUUAGAGGAAACAACAAAACGGUGGCAGAUGGGAUUAAAGCAAGGCACCUUGCCAACAAUCUCAACAACUACAGCAACGUUACCCUUUGUUGGGUUCCCGGUCACCAAAACAUCGAAGGAAAUGAGCGGGCUGAUUCCCUGGCCAAAAAGGCGGCUGGUUUGAAGCUAAAUCCCACCUAUGGACGUGUACCUAUAACGCACAUCAACACUUACAUCCUCAAAAAAUGCAAAGAGGCCUGGCAAUCGGAAUGGGAAGUCUCCACUACUGGCCGCACUACCUACCGCUUCCUACCCUCCAUCCACAGACGCAUCCUCCUGCAUCAUCUUCACCCCACCUUUGAGCUCUCCCAAUGCCUCACAGGGCAUGGGAACCUUCCGGCAUAUCUACACAGGUUCAAAAAACUUCCAUCUCCUUACUGCCAUUGUGACAACACUAGUAUUGGGGAUGUUUUCCACUAUGUCUUUGACUGCCCGGACUUUGACCUCCAGCGUGGUCCUCUAUGGAUGCACUGCACCCUCAACGGCCAGCCAUGGCCACCUCCAGCAGACUUUCUAUGUGAGACUAAAGAAACCUUCACCGUGUUCAACAAUUUUAUAAACUCCUGCACCAUCUUCCGUGGUUCCUCGCAGGGUUGCCCACCUACAGGCACUCCCCUGCCUGCCACCGGUCCAUCUUAG